CCCGCGGCGGCUCCGGCCAUGCCCGGCUGGCCCUGGGAGCUGCUGCUAACGGCAGGUACGCUCUCCGCCGCCCUGAGCCCGGGACCGCCGGCGCCCGCCGACCCCUGCCACGAUGAGGGGGGCGCUCCCCGGGGCUGCGUGCCAGGCCUGGUGAACGCCGCCUUGGGCCGCGAGGUGCUGGCGUCCAGCACGUGCGGGCGGCCGGCCACUCGGGCCUGCGACGCCUCCGACCCGCGACGGGCACACCCCCCCGCCCUCCUGACUUCCGCAGGGGGCACGGCCAGCCCUCUGUGCUGGCGUUCAGAGUCGCUGCCUCGGGCACCUCUCAACGUGACUCUCACGGUGCCACUCGGCAAGGCCUUCGAGCUGGUCUUCGUGAGCCUGCGCUUCUGCUCAGCUCCCCCAGCCUCCGUGGCCCUGCUCAAGUCGCAGGACCAUGGCCGCAGCUGGGUCCCGCUGGGCUUCUUCUCCUCCCACUGUGGCCUGGACUAUGGCCGCCUGCCUGCCCCUGCUAUUGGCCCAGCUGGUCCAGGGCCUGAGGCCCUGUGCUUCCCGGCACCCCAGGCCCAGUCUGAUGGCAGCGGCCUUCUGGCCUUCAGCGUGCAGGACAGCAGCCCACCAGGCCUGGACCUAGACAGCAGCCCAGUGCUCCAAGACUGGGUGACCGCCACCGACAUCCGCAUAGUACUCACAAGGCCUAGUGCGGCGGGCAACCCCAGGGACUCGGAGGCCCUCUCUUACUCCUAUGCAGCCACCGACCUCCAGGUGGGCGGGCGCUGCAAGUGCAAUGGACAUGCCUCACGGUGCCUGCUGGACGCGCAGGGCCACCUGAUCUGCGACUGUCGGCACGGCACUGAGGGCCCCGACUGCGGCCGCUGCAAGCCCUUCUACUGCGACAGGCCAUGGCAGCGGGCCACGGCCCGGGAACCCCACGCCUGCCUCGCUUGCUCCUGCAACGGCCACGCCCGCCGCUGCCGCUUCAACAUGGAGCUGUACCGACUGUCUGGCCGCCGCAGCGGGGGUGUCUGCCUCAACUGCCGGCACAACACUGCCGGCCGCCACUGCCACUACUGCCGGGAGGGCUUCUAUAGAGACCCUGGCCGCGCCCUGAGUGACCGUCGGGUUUGCAGGGCCUGCGACUGUCACCCCGUUGGUGCUGCUGGCAAGACCUGCAACCAGACCACAGGCCAGUGUCCCUGCAAGGACGGCGUCACCGGCCUCACCUGCAAUCGCUGCGCCCCUGGCUUCCAGCAGAGCCGCUCCCCAGUGGCGCCCUGUGUUAAGACCCCUAUCCCUGGACCCACUGAGGACAGCAGUCCUGCGCAGCCGCAGGACUGUGACUCGCACUGCAAACCUGCCCGUGGCAGCUACCGCAUCAGCCUGAAGAAGUUCUGCAGGAAGGACUACGCUGUGCAGGUGGCGGUGGGCGCGCGCGGCGAGGCGCGCGGCGCGUGGACGCGCUUCCCAGUGGCCGUGCUAGCCGUGUUCCGGAGCGGAGAGGAGCGCGCGCGGCGCGGGAGCAGCGCGUUGUGGGUGCCCGCAGGGGACGCGGCCUGCGGCUGUCCGCGCCUCCUCCCCGGCCGCCGCUACCUGCUGCUGGGGGGCGGGCCCGGAGCCGCGGCCGGGGGCGCAGGGGGCCGGGGUCCCGGGCUCAGCGCCGCCCGCGGAAGCCUAGUGCUUCCCUGGAGGGACGCGUGGACGCGGCGCCUGCGGAGGCUGCAGCGGCGCGAGCGGCGGGGGCGCUGCGGCACAGCCUGAGCCGGCG